AAAGCCUCAUAUCCAAUCAGGGGCGAGGAAGAUUCAGAGGCCACACCCGUUUCACUUCCCGGAACAGGGAGGAGGAGCUGAAUCUGAUCGUCGUGGAUAAAAACCGCUAAUCACGAGACUUUGGUCCGACUAAUCCUCCUCGUUCCCGAGCAGGAUGAUUGACGUUCGGGCAUGGGCAGAGUACGUGGUGGAGUGGGCUGCCAAAGACCCCUAUGGUUUCCUCACCACUGUCAUACUGGCUCUCACACCUCUCUUCAUUGCCAGUGCACUGCUGUCCUGGAAACUGGCCAAGAUGAUUGAGGUGCGUGACCGGGAACAGAAGAAAAAGCAGAAACGUCAGGAAAACAUAGCCAAGGCAACCAAGAGGACCAAGAAGGACUGAGUCUGCGAGGGUAGGAUGGGGGCAUAGAAGAAACAAAUAAGGAGGAGCACCCACCACGCUCACGGCCCUCCUUAUUCCAAAUAAUGACAUGGUGCCCUUCCUUGUCCCAGCCCUACCGUCAGCACAGGGCCACCACGCCUCAUGUCCGUGGUAGGAGGAGGGACAUUGGCCCCACAGGCCUAAUAGUGCUGAGACGGACAGUACUGCCUGGAGGAGGCUUGUCCCGGUGGGACUUAGGUCAGCAAGAGCGCAGUGGUUAUCUGUAUGAUGUGUUUUAUACAGAAAUCCGCUGAUAAUAUUGUGCAGCUGUUGCAACACCUUGCAUUCCAUUGUUGGCAUCUCUGUUCUGCUGAAUUGACGAUGUAACGAGCAAACUGGAACUUUUUCUCCACGUCACUCGCAAAGUAUCCAAAUUAUAACUUUUUAAUCAAUAAAGUUUUCAUGGUUGAUAAGAACAUUUUCUUUUUUGUGGAAUUAACACAAGCGAUUUUAAUUAAAACUAUUUAAAAAGUA